GGGAGUCGGCUUUGGCCGCCGCCGCUGCUGCGCUGCUGCUGUCCCUCCCGUAGCCCGCACUACGCCGCCGUGGCUCCAGGCUGAAGGUCGGUGCGGAGGCGGGCGAGCGCGGGUCUCCCCGGGAGCGUCGGGGCGGCGGCGGCGGCGGCCUCCCGGUCCUCCUCAGCCCCGCCAGGGACCAUGUCUACAGCGUCCGCCGCCUCCUCCUCCUCUUCGUCUUCCGCCGGUGAGAUGAUCGAAGCCCCCGCGCAAGUGCUCAACUUCGAAGAGAUCGACUACAAGGAGAUCGAGGUGGAAGAGGUUGUUGGAAGAGGAGCCUUUGGAGUUGUUUGCAAAGCUAAGUGGAGAGCAAAAGAUGUUGCAAUUAAACAAAUAGAAAGUGAAUCUGAGAGGAAGGCUUUUAUUGUAGAGCUUCGGCAGUUAUCCCGCGUGAACCAUCCUAAUAUUGUAAAGCUAUAUGGAGCCUGUUUGAAUCCAGUGUGCCUUGUGAUGGAAUAUGCUGAAGGGGGCUCUUUGUAUAAUGUGCUGCAUGGUGCUGAACCUUUGCCAUACUAUACUGCUGCCCAUGCAAUGAGUUGGUGUUUACAGUGUUCCCAGGGAGUGGCUUAUCUUCACAGCAUGCAACCAAAAGCUCUAAUUCACAGAGACCUGAAGCCACCAAACUUACUGCUCGUUGCAGGGGGCACAGUUUUAAAAAUUUGUGAUUUUGGCACAGCUUGUGACAUUCAGACACACAUGACCAAUAACAAAGGAAGUGCUGCUUGGAUGGCACCUGAAGUAUUUGAAGGUAGCAAUUACAGUGAAAAAUGUGAUGUCUUCAGCUGGGGUAUUAUUCUUUGGGAAGUGAUAACUCGACGGAAACCUUUUGAUGAGAUUGGUGGUCCAGCCUUCCGCAUCAUGUGGGCUGUUCAUAAUGGUACUCGACCACCAUUGAUCAAAAACUUACCUAAACCCAUUGAGAGCUUGAUGACUCGUUGUUGGUCUAAAGAUCCUUCUCAGCGUCCAUCAAUGGAGGAAAUUGUGAAAAUAAUGACUCACUUGAUGCGGUACUUUCCAGGAGCAGAUGAGCCAUUACAAUAUCCUUGUCAAUAUUCCGAUGAAGGCCAGAGCAACUCUGCCACUAGUACAGGCUCAUUCAUGGACAUCACAUCAACAAAUACCAGUAAUAAAAGUGAUACUAAUAUGGAGCAAGUUCCUGCCACAAAUGAUACUAUCAAACGUUUAGAAUCAAAAUUGUUGAAAAAUCAAGCAAAGCAACAGAGUGAAUCUGGACGGUUAAGCUUGGGAGCUUCCCGUGGAAGCAGCGUAGAGAGCUUACCCCCAACCUCUGAGGGCAAGAGAAUGAGUGCUGACAUGUCUGAAAUAGAAGCCAGAAUUGCUGCGACUGCAGCCUAUUCCAAGCCUAAACGGGGCCAUCGUAAAACUGCUUCAUUUGGCAACAUUCUGGAUAUCCCUGAGAUCGUCAUAUCAGGCAACGGACAGCCACGACGUAGAUCCAUUCAAGACUUGACGAUUACUGGAACAGAAUCUGGUCCGGUGAGCAGUCGGUCUUCCAGUCCUAGUGUCAGAAUGAUCACUACCUCAGGACCAACCUCAGAAAAGCCAGCUCGAAGUCACCCCUGGACCCCCGAUGAUUCCACAGAUACCAAUGGGUCAGAUAACUCUAUCCCAAUGGCCUAUCUUACACUGGAUCAUCAAUUACAGCCUCUAGCACCAUGCCCUAACUCCAAAGAAUCCAUGGCAGUGUUUGAACAACAUUGUAAAAUGGCACAAGAAUAUAUGAAAGUUCAAACAGAAAUUGCAUUAUUAUUACAAAGAAAGCAAGAACUAGUUGCAGAACUGGACCAGGAUGAAAAGGACCAGCAAAAUACAUCUCGUCUGGUACAGGAACAUAAAAAGCUUUUAGAUGAAAACAAAAGCCUUUCUACUUACUACCAGCAAUGCAAAAAACAACUAGAGGUCAUCAGAAGUCAGCAACAGAAACGACAAGGCACUUCAUGAUUCUCUGGGACUAAUUACUUUUGAAAUAUGCAAAGACUUUUUUUU